AUGUUGAAAAAAGUACUGAUUAUUCAGCAUUCAAUCGGUGUUCGUCCUGCUCAUGUAAUACUAUUCUUCAUAGAAAAUAAUAUUCCAUAUGAAAUUCUUCCUAUUUUUGAUCCUGAUUAUCAAGGACAUUUUCCUGAUAAUAAUACAACGGAUUAUUCAGUUAUUGUUAGUCUCGGUGGACCACAAGGUACAUAUGAAGAUGAUAAAUAUCCUUAUUUAAAAUGGGAAAAAUCUUUUCUUACAACUCAACUGUCUCUUAAUACACCUAUUCUCGGUAUAUGUCUUGGAGCACAAUUAAUCGCUGAUUGUAUUGGUGGACAUGGUGAUUUGGGUAAAUAUGGUUAUGAAGUUGGUUAUGUUCAAUAUGAACUUACAAGUGAAGGAAGAAAUGACCCAAUUUUAUCAAAAGUAUUUGAUGAACAACGUAAUAAGCCAUUGUUAAUUAUGCAUCAUCAAGAUUCAUUCGAUUUACCAUCAAAUGCAUCUAUUUUAGCUUAUACAACAAAUAAAUAUACAGCUGCUUUUCGAAUUGGUUCUGCAUACUGUGUACAAUUUCAUCCCGAAGCAUCAUUUAAAGAAUUCAAUGAAUGGGUACAGCGAACACGUCAAAAUAGACCAGAAGCAUAUAAAAAUCUCGAUAUAGAUGAAAUUUUACACCAAGCACAAGAAUUUGAAAUAGAAGCUUAUAAAUCCCGGCAAUUAUUUUUUGAAACAUGGUGGGAUACAAUUCCAAAGCAAUAA